CAGAAAAUCAUUGGAACUUCCUUGUCAAAAGAGAAUGGAUGUUGUGAUUUUAGCUAGCUAAAUAACUUCAAAGUUGGUUAGCGACCAAGUUUACUCCAAUAAUAAUUGUAAUCUCUCCGUUUGGCCAACUCUUACACCAAGGUUUUCGCGUAUUCGAAAUGGGGAAAGGGUGCAAAGUUGUGGUGUGUGGUUUGGCAUCUGUAGGAAAAACAGCCAUCCUUGAACAGCUGUUAUAUGGUAAUCACGCAGUUGGUUCAGAGUCCACUGAGACCCAGGAGGAUGUGUAUGUGGCGUCGGUGGAGACAGACCGCGGUGUGAAGGAACAGUUACGUCUCUAUGACACCAGGGGGCUCCAUGACGGCCUGGACCUUCCCAAGCACUACUACUCGGUGGCAGACGGCUUUGUGCUGGUCUACAGCGUGGACAGCCUGGAGUCCUUCAAGAAGGUAGAUGUCCUCAAGAAGGAGAUAGACAAAUCCAGAGACAAGAAAGAGGUGAUGGUGAUCGUGCUAGGGAACAAGACGGACCUGCGUGAGCUUCGUCAGGUGGAGCACGAGGCAGCGCAGCAGUGGGCGCGGGGGGAGAAGGUCAAGCUCUGGGAGGUCAGCGUCACAGAGAGGAACUCUCUCAUUGAACCCUUCACUAUGCUCACCAGCCGCCUCACACAGCCUCAGAGCAAGUCUGCCUUCCCUCUUCCAGGACGCAAGAGCAAGGGCACGACGUCCAACGACAUCUGAACUGUACUCAACCUUGAGCGUACCUAAGAUCCAAGUACUUCGGGGGAGGGGGAGAUGUCAGAGUAGGAUCGAUGAGUUAGCCAACUUACAUUAAUAUUCUGACUUCAUGUCAAGAUAGAUUGCCAUGAAAUAUGGGCAAAGACAUAGUAACUGACUCGACAACCAACAAGCUAUUAAAUUCCCUUAAAAUAAAGCUUUUCUAUUUUUUUUAAAUACAAUUGAAGUCAGAAGUUUACAUACACCUUAGCCAAAUACAUUUAAACUCAGUUUUUCAGAAUUCCUGACAUUUAAUCAGUUAGGAUCACCACUUUAUUUCAAGAAUGUGAAAUGUCAGAAUAAUAGUAGAGUGAUUUAUUUCAGCUUUUAUUUCUUUCAUCACAUUCCCAGUGGGUCAGAAGUUUACAUACAAUCAAUUAGUAUUUGGUAGCAUUGCCUUUAAAUUGUUUAACUUGGGUCAAACGUUUUGGGUAGCCUUCCACAAGCUUCCCACAAUAAGUUGGGUCAAUUUUGUCCCAUUCCUCCUGACAGAGCUGGUGUAACUGAGUCAGGUUUGUAGGCCUCCUUGCUCACACACUCUUUUUCAGUUCUGCCCACAAAUGUUCUAUGGGAUUGAGGUCAGGGCUUUGUGAUGGCCACUCCAAUGCCAUUUUGCCACAACUUUGGAAGUAUGCUUGGGGUCAUUGUCCAUUUGGAAGACUCAUUUGCGACCAAGCUUGAACUUGAUGUUGCUACAAUACAUCCACAUAAUUUUCCUACCUCAUGAUGCCAUCUCUUUUGUGAAGUGCGCCAGUCCCUCCUGCAGCAAAGCACCCCCACAACAUGAUGCUGCCACCCCCGUGAUUCACGGUUGGGAUGGUGUUCUUCGGCUUGCAAGCCUUCCCCUUUUUCCUCCAAACAUAACGAUGGUCAUUAUGGCCAAACGGUAUUUUUUGACAAAAAGUACGAUCUUUGUCCCCAUGUGCAAUUGCAAACCGUAGUCUGGCUUUUUUAUGGCGGUUUUGAAGCAGUGGCUUCUUCCUUACUGAGCAGCCUUUCAGGUUAUGUCUGACUCGUUUUACUGUGGAUAUAGAUACUUUUGUACCUGUUUCCUCCAGCAUCUUCCCAAGGUCCUUUGCUGUUGUUCUGGGAUUGAUUUGCACUUUUCGCACCAAAGUAUGUUCAUCUCUAGGAGACAGAACGCGUCUCCUUCCUGAGCAGUAUGAUGGCUCUGUCGUCCCAUGGCGUUUAUACUUGCGUACGAUUGUUUUGUACAGAUGAACGCGGUACCUUCAGGUGUUUGGAAAUUGCUCCCAAGGAUUAACCAGACAUGUGGAGGUCUACAA